UUUAUUUCCCUUUCAGACUGCAAUGGCGACAUUAAUGAAGUUUGCGCCAAAAUGGCUGCAACAAGCUGUUUUUCAAACCUCGCAUCCUGAUCAGGUUCGGGAUAGCAAUGAGUCUACAUAUGCUCGUAUCCCAAUACGACGUAGAGGAGAGGGGUUACUACUCUAUGGUCCUAUACCACAGAAAACCCAGGGAAGUAAAGAUGAGGAAGCGAAGGAAGUUAAUAUUUACGAUAUUGUUGCGCACAACCAUUCCAGUAAAUCUACAACACAUUGCAUCAGUAUUUUCCGCAGCGUAGAUGUGGAUGAGGCUGAGAGUAGGUUUGAACUGUAUAAUGAAAAAAUAACAAUAUUUCUAGAAGUGAAACCCGAGCUGUAUUCUGUGAAUCCUUUGCAGAAACUCUGUGAUACUGUUAGAAUGAAUCCUGAUUGGUCAGUUUGCCAUGUUGCAGUACACCUAGAUUAUAUUGAGACACUCACGCAUUCAAGGUUUAUUCCUCACCUAAACGCCGAGACAGGAAACGGAUUGACCCCUUUACUGCUGACGGUUAAGCAGGGAAGCAAGCAUAUAACCCUGGCAGUUCUUCAGGCGGGAGCUAGUUUGGAAGGAAAAGAUAAGAGUACUGGAUAUAAUUGUUUUCAUCUUGCCUCUACUUCUACCUCAGCACUAGUUGAAAUACUAGCUGUAUCAUCCAAGGCCAAGGAGGAUGUACUUUGCAAACUAUUAAAUGAACGUGGAAAGGAUGAAAAGACACCUCUUCACUUAGCUGCUGAAGCUGAUAAACCAGAUAUAGUCAUAACUUUGCUUAAUCAUGGAGCUGACAUAAAUACACUUGGAAGCUGUAACAAGACUGAUGGGGCUAGAACGCCUGUCACAUUUUCAUUGAAACUCAGUUUCAUUGAAAUAUACUUUAAUAAUAAUGAGAAUAAAAAUAAUUUGUGUAGUAUUGUAUACGCCCCAAUUAAUUAUAUUGAAUUUAACUUAUAUACCCGAGCUGACAUAAAUACACUUGGAAGCUGUAACAAGACUGAUGGGGCUAGAACGCCUGUCACAACGUCCUUCAGAGAAACUGUUAAAUUGUACCCAAAUCAACUUUAUACUAAGGAUAUAAAGCUAGGGGGUACUCCUCUACAUUGGUCCCUGGACAAGCCUAUUCUUGAAGCACUUAUUGAAUCUGGAUGUGAUUUUACCGCAAAGGAUUUCAACGGUAGCACUGCCUUGCAUACCAUGGUUAAACAUAAACGUUUACCAUGUGUUGUGUCUUUACUUGCUCAUGGAUCAAGUGUAGAGGAGACAGAUGGAGAUGGAAACACACCGCUCCAUCUUGCUGCCCAGAGCGGUCAUAUUCCCACCAUUCAGGCUGUUCUGAUAUUUGAGGCAAACUACAAUUCUGUCAACAAAAGUGGAGAAACGGCCUGGGAUAUCAUUCUUAAACAACAUCAAUCAAAAAUCUACAACAACAUGGAUAAGGAGCGGAAUCUGAUGCUGUAUACCUUGUACAGGGUGGGUGCAAGGGGACCAGCAGACUUGGAUAUGGGAUCGAAGGAAUUUGACUGGAAACCAACAGUGACUGAAAAGAAUAUUAUCUAUAAGCGAGGCCGCCAUCUACUAGACGAAUUCUUGGAUCAAAGCGGGUUAAAUGUAAAGGCUGGUCGGAAUGGUGGAUUACGAAUACUAUCCCUGGAUGGAGGAGGUAUCAGGGGUCUUGUACUCAUCAAGAUUCUAACUGCUCUAGUUCAACACAGCAAGGUUCCUGUUACUGAAAUGUUUGAUUGGAUUGGAGGAACUAGUACAGGUGGCAUUUUGACCCUAGCUCUAGCGUGUGGCAAGACCCCUAUGGAGUGUCAGGGUCUCUACUUCCGGUUGAAGGACAAGGUGUUUGUUGGGAAGCGUCCCUACGACGUCGGUCCCCUCGAGGAGUUUCUUAAAAAGGAGUUCUCUGAAACUAGAACUAUGGCGAGCCUACCUCCUAACCCUAGGGUGACUGUAACGGGUGUAAUGGCUGACCGCCACCCCGCUGACCUUCAUCUAUUCACCAACUACCAGCUACCCGCCGAUAUCCUGGGAGCAAGGGAAGAUCUACCGCCGGAGUUAUCGCCGAUCAAGAAACCUGAUCAGCAGGAGCUGUGGAGAGCUGCUCGUUGUUCAGGAGCAGCACCAACAUACUUCAGAGCAGCUGGAAGAUUUAUAGACGGGGGUCUGAUCAGUAACAACCCUACAUUAGAUCUGAUGACUGAGGUCCAUGAGAGGAACUGUGCUCUAAGAGCAGUUGGAAGGGAGCAAGAAACUGAGAGGAUUAGUUUAGUAGUUUCCAUGGGAACCGGAGAACCACCUCUAGAAAAAGUUGAUACUAUUGACGUAUUCCGUCCAGACAGCAUAAUGACUGUUCCUCAGUUAUUGUAUGGAGCUUCUAAUAUGGGCAGAUUACUUAUUGAUCAGGCCUGCUCUGCGUCUAACCGUGUGGUAGACCGUGCUAAAGCUUGGUGUGGUAUGGCGGAUAUAUCUUAUAUCAGGUUGAGCCCUCAGCUUGAUUGUGAUGUUAAGUUGGAUGAAACAAGUGAUGAAGUUCUAGUCAAUAUGAUUUAUUUAACUCAGGUUUAUAUGCAUGAAGAACGAAGCAAAAUAGAAAUUCUGGUGAACCAACUUCUGAAUAGAUAGAGGAAUAAAAUAAUUU